GAAAUGCGCAUCGUUUUCAGUAUCCGUGGGAGUUUCAGAUGAUCUCGGCGGUCCCUACAGUACCGGUGUUUCAGUUGUCUUGCAGCCGCCCAAGAGAGCAGCGGCCGCCCGCCCAACCGCUCCGCUCGUACGCGCAUGAAACUUCGCGCUCAUAAACUAACAAUUCAAACUCACUUGUGAAUUCUAUUUAAUUUAACUUAAUCUGUGAUUACUUUUGGAUGCAGUUUUAAGGAUUUGUGAACUUUUACUGUAAACAUUUCGUCAACGAAAGGUAAUUAGUGUUCUUAAUUUCAAGCGAUGUGAAGUGAACUAUUUGUCUAAGUUAAUGAAUGUUUUUCUUGCUGUGAUUAAUUGUUUCGUGUUUUGUCGAAGUCUCUGCCGUGAUUAAUAUUGAUGAAGAUUUUUACGAUGUUGCCGUUGAUGAGAACAUAAAAAUGUGUAUCUACAUUCAAAUAUCACUUACGUAGGCGUGCAAAUAUUUCAAAAUAACAUGGUCGAUAGUCAUUAAAUAUGUCCACUUGAACGUCAACAAUGCAGAACUCUACGGGCAAAACCGACUACAGAAACGACCCGAAGUACCAGUGGUUUGCUAACAUGCGAAGAAAAUGCUAUCGUGAAAACACUACACAUAGUACCAUUCUCAGCGAAGAGAACCUAGAUAGUGAUCUAUGGUGCCCACGGACGUUCGACGGGUUUGCCUGCUGGGACGAGACCCCCGCUGCAACCACUGCGUACCAGCCGUGCCCCCAAUUCAUCAUCGGGUUCGACCCGAAGCGCUACGCUUACAAGACGUGCACAGAAAACGGUACGUGGUUCGUACAUCCUCACGCCAACAAAACUUGGACCAACUACACAACCUGCGUUGAUGUCGAUGACCUUGAUUUCCGAAACAUCGUGAACAAUAUCUAUGUGAUUGGAUACUCACUGUCUGUGGUUGCUCUGCUCAUCUCCGUCUUCAUAUUUUUAUAUUUUAGAGUACUUCAAUGCACACGAAUCCGUAUUCACGUGCAUCUCUUCAUCUCAUUCGCUCUAAACAAUAUCCUCUGGAUCAUCUGGUACCGAGCGGUCGUGAACAGGGUCAGCGUCGUACAGGAAAACACAGAAUGGUGUCAAGUCCUUCACGUGAUAACGAACUACUUUAUGGUGACCAGUUAUCUCUGGAUGUUCUGUGAGGGACUUCAUCUACACAUAGCUCUCGUUGUGGUGUUCGUGAAGGAUGAAGUGGCCAUGCGAUGGUUCGUCAUUCUCGGAUGGGGAGGUUCGCUGGCCAUCGUGCUAGUUUACGCAGUCGUCAGAUUCUUCACACCUGGAGCUACUGAAAGGUGCUGGAUGGACCAAAGCGACGCAUUCUGGAUUAUCAUCGUUCCCGUUGGACUUUCGUUAAUGGCUUCUUUUGUAUUUCUGGUGAACGUUGUGCGAGUGCUUGUGACGAAGCUGCACCCAGCACCGACUCAGCACGCAUCCGUGGCUGCCAGGAAGGCGGCAAGAGCUGCUCUCAUACUGGUACCACUCUUCGGGCUACACUUUGUAUUACUCCCGUUUCGGCCCUUGCCUGACUCGCCAUGGGAAAAGGCUUACCAAAUAUUUUCGGCGCUUCUCACUAGUUUACAGGGUCUGUGCGUGGCGAUACUGUUCUGCUUCACCAACCACGACGUCGUGGUCGCCACAAAGACAUAUCUAUCACGAUUUCGCACACAAAACGAGGGCAUUCCUAUGACUGGUAACACUUACCCAUUAGCUGGGUCGGUUUUUUUUACUAAUUUCAUUAGAUAUAAGAUAAAAUUAAUAAGUUACUCCAAGCGGUGCUCGAUCUCAGCGUCGCGCGUCGUUUGAAACAAUGGUAACGCAACAUCAAAAUUCACUUUGCUACUAAUUGCAUACUAGUAAUCACCAAUUCGACCCGGCAUUUGAGAAUAACUCGUCAUCUGAAGCUUGACUAACUAAUUAACGCUGAGCUCGUUCGUCCAGAUACUAUUCAUACUUAGCGGCUAACUGUGAGCUGAGAGAUUGUGAAAUUUGAUCUAAAAAAUGCUGAGAAGCAGGCAAUAAGCACGAGCACCUGUUGAUCUGUUAUCAAAACACCAUGAUGAAGUCAAUAAACGACUUUCAACUGUUUGUUCACGAACAGAUUACGCAUGUAAUAAAAUAAUCUGCUUAUCAAUGAUUGAGUAUUUCAGAUAGCGACUCAGCUGCUAAUUGUGAUCUUAUCUGGCAUUGCCAUUCAUUUAGAACUCGUCUAAACAUACUGUAUAUUUUCCAUAGAUCUAAGUAUACUUUUAUUUAACAAUAAUUCAGCAAAUUCGAAACAUUAUGUUAAGUAGAUAUUUAAUUUAUACUCAAGAUACUGAGAUACCUUCAAACAGACGUAAAGUCAACAGUACCGGCGUGCCUUUAAGAGCAUCGUUAAAGUACUUACUUCACAGAACCAAAAGUAAUUUAAUAAUUUACGUAUUUAUAUAAGACAAUCAUUUAAUAAGCAUGUCAAAGAAAAUGUGUCUCUAUUUAUAAGUAAAUAACGCAUAAUUUACAUGUUUCAGGUGUAACCGGGGCUGAAAGCUUAGUGAACACAAGAGACCAGGCUGUAUGACCUUACGAUUAUAAUUAUUUAGGUCGUACACACGUAUUUAACAUUAGGAUUAAGUGACAAUGAUAUGAUUAUAAUUAUAAUGAAGCAUAAUUGAAAUAAUUGAAAAAAAAAGUGAUCCACACGGAUCUAAACUGACAAAUUGUAAAACUCAAUAAAUGGACACUGAAAAUUGUUAAUACUUGCUCUUUUUUUAACCUUGGUUUUAAUAGAAAAAGUACUUAUUAUCUUUAUGCGAUUUCAGUUGCGGUAACGGACAAUUCAAUUAGGCUUGGUAGGGAAAACGACACAUUUUCCACAGGCUUCCUUAUCAUGAAAACACACUUUUUAAACGUACCCAUUGGGACGCUGGGAUAUCAAAAUACUCGUUAAUUAAAAUCUCAAAUUCUUUUACAAGUUCCUUAAAUAUUCAAAAUUAUGUAGCCUUUAUAGCAUAAUAAAGCUACGGCAAUAAACCUAAGAUUUAUAUUUUCCAAAACCACGGGAAUAUGGCUCUGCAUAAAUCACACGAGCUAAUGCCAAACCUCCUCCUCUUUGCAUCGCAAUCUUCAUUGCUUAGAGUCGUGGCCACCCAUUAUGGUGACUAUCAACAAAUGACUUCUCUCAUCCUAGGUGGAGACUAUACGGAGUAUCAGACUCUUGCUGACUAAAGAAACUGCGCUGGAC